AUGUUGACACUCACCGACGUCACUUGGCUGGACAUAUGUCUUACUGGUGUCGGGGUGUAUUUGGUAAAGCAGGUAAUCACCAAGAAAAAUCCUGCACCAUAUCCCCCUGGUCCCUCCGGUUGGCCUCUCGUUGGCAAUGUGUCAGACAUCCCUCGCAUCAAGCCCUGGCUGACAUUUGCCGAGUGGGGAAAGAAAUAUGGUGAUAUCUCGCAUGUCGAGAUACUGGGUCAACACAUCGUGGUGCUGAACUCCGUCAAGACUGCGAUGGAGAUGCUGGGAAAGAAGAGCUCUAUCUACUCUGACCGACCUGUUUUAACUAUGGGUGGUGAACUUUGUGGCUGGAAGCACACUUUGUCUCUUCUUCCUUGUGGUGACCGUUUUCGCCAGUACCGCAAGAACUUGCGACGCGUCGCUGGGAUUCACGCCGCUCUGGACAUCUACAACCCGGUCCAGGAUAUAGAGACUCGGCAAUUCCUUAAGCGUAUGUUUGAAACACCCGACCAACUACAGGAACAACUUCGACACACCGCUGGCGCUAUUAUUCUGCGCAUCUCUCAUGGUUAUGAAGUGAAAGAGAGCAAUGAUCCCUUUGUUGACCUUGCAGAUCGUGCUAUGGACCAAUUCUCGCGGCUCACCGCUCCCGGUGCCUUCAUGGUUGACAUCGUGCCAUCCUUGGCCAAGGUUCCUGAGUGGCUCCCUGGUGCCAGCUUCAAGCGUCUAGCCCGUGAAUGGCACGAGACUCUCGAAGAGAUGGUUUCUGCACCCCACAACUUCGUCAAGGAUCAGAUGGCUGCUGGUAUUGCCCCAAAGUCUUUCACCUCGAAUCUGUUGGAAGGCCGGACUUUGUCUGCCGAAGAGGAUCACAUCGUGAAGUGGUCUGCUGCAUCCCUAUACGCCGGCGGUGCCGACACGACAGUUUCGUCGAUAUAUUCAUUUUUCCUGGCCAUGACGCUUUUCCCUGAUGCGCAGAAGAAGGCUCAAGCUGAGAUCGAUGCCGUUAUUGGUCCUGAUCGUCUUCCGUCCUUCGCUGACCGCGACUUUCUCCCCUACACUGAGGCGCUCGCAAAGGAAGUCCUACGCUGGCAUGCUGUCGCCCCUACCGGCGGUCCCCAUCGCGCCACCGAGGACGACAUCCAUGACACGUACUACAUUCCAAAAGACUCCUUGAUCAUACCUAACAUUUGGUUCAUGCUCAAUGAUCCGCGGACAUAUGCUAACCCCUCUCAAUUCAACCCUGAACGCUUCUUAACCAAGGAUGGAAAGCUAUCUGAGACUGACCCUCGUGUGAUAUGCUUCGGCUUUGGUAGGCGUAUCUGCCCAGGUCUCCACCUCGCUGAUGCGUCCAUCUGGAUAUCUGCUGCGAUGUCACUGGCCGUGUUCGAUAUCUCCAAGGCCGUCGAGAAUGGUAUUGAGAUCACCCCUGAGGUUGAUCCCUCAUCAGGUGCAAUCAGGUAUGUCGCGCUUCUCAUUGGCGUCCCGCCAUCUGUUAUGCACAUACACACUUGCCGCGGCAGUCAUCCCAAGCCCUUUAAGUGUUCUAUUAAGCCCCGCUCCGCAAAAGCCAUCGGGCUCAUCCAGCAAGAUGAAAACUGCUAA